UGUGUUCUUCGUUGGGUUUUAAUUGUUUUUUAACAUUUUAACUUUUGGACAAAAACCUACACUGAAGACGCCACGAUGCCGUGUUACUCCGCCUCCAAUGUGCGCUUCGUGAGCGCCGAGUCGCAGAUGAAGCAGAUAGCUCAAGAGUUGAGGGAGCGGGCGAAGACGGCUGCCUAUCAUCCGCCCGUGAGCUUCCAGCGUCCCAGUAUUACGCCCAAUUUGAAGUAUGUGCCCUUCCGGCGACGUUGCGACCAAUUCGCAGCCUACGAUCAGAAACAGUUGCGACGCAAUGAACGGGAUCGCAAGAGAAAUCAGGGACAUAAGGAGGUGGUGCUAAGGCCUAACGACUUGAAUCGCCUCAAGAAUCAAAGCAAAGUGGUGACCAAAGCCGAGCAGCUGCAGAUUAAUGCAAAGAUAAUGGAUGAGCAUGAGAAAAAUCUGGAGAUGGUGGAGGAGGCACGCUUACACUUCAAGAAAAUAGACGAUGCCCGAAAAGCGCAGGCGAAUGCGAAGCUAGAGAACAAACCCACCAGCAGUGAGGCCGGUGAGUUGGAGCAGGAGAAGAUGUCCGUGCUGCAUCGUGCCUUUCUCGCCAAGCAGGAGCAGGAGGAGGAGGUGAAGCAAAUCAAUCGCAUGAUACUCAAUGCCAAGUGCAAGGCAGUGCGAGAGGCCCAAAUACAAGAGAAGUAUCUGCUCGCGCGUGCCUUAAGAGAGGACGACGAGCGUAUGGCCCGCAUGGUGAACGAGAGAGCCCGGGAAGCGCUCAAUGCCGACGAUCAGCGCGAGCGACGCGAAGUCGAAAGGCGCGCCCAAUACGCCCAGGAUAUACGCCAGCAGCUGAGUGAGCGGGAGAACCUGCGCCUGCUGGAAGCCAAGCGAGUGGCCGACGAGGCCAAAGAUUUGCGCAAAGCCGCCGAUCUGGUGCGUGCCGAUGAGCAGCGACAGCGUGAUUUCGUGCAACUGCGCAAACGACGCUUCCGCGAGGAAUUGAAUCGCGUGAGCGAGAUGAGUAAGUUGCUGAAGCAAUUGCUGUGCGAGCAGGAGCGCAUGGCCGAGCUACGAAUAUCCGCUUACAUGCGCCAGAAACAGGAGAAGGAGAAGCAGCUACAGGAGAUGAAGCAACAGAUGAAGCAGCAGUUCGAGCGGCGACAGCAGCUCAUCUACGAGGCAGCCGUGCAGGCUCGAGAGACACGACAGACCAGCGACGAGUUGAAGUUUCUGCGCGAACGCGAUCGCCUCGAACGGGACUACUUGCGGCGUGAGAAAGAGGCGGCCCUGCAGAAGCGUGAGCAGGAGCGUGAUUUGUUGGCGGCGCGUACUCAACAGGCCCAGGAGAUCAAGCAAAGACUGGCCCUGGAGAUCGCUCACGCUGAGGAGGAAUUCAACAAGGUUAUGGAGCGCAUGCGCGAAGAGGAAGAGAAGCAAAAAUGUCUGGAUCGGGAGCGUGACUGCCGUCGUCAGGUCUAUAAGCGUGAUCUGAAACAGCAGAUGACCGAAAAGGACGCGGAGCGUCUUCGUCAAGCCGAAAUGGAGCGCACACGCAUGCAAAAAUGGUUGGACAAGGAGCAGCAACGUGAGGCCAACAUAAAGCAGGUGAUCAGCUCAAAGAUUGCGGCCAUGCGGGAGAAUUGCUUGCCCGAGAAAUACUUGAAGGAGGUGGAGAAGCGUCUCAAGAAAAUACAGGAGAGUCGCAAUCGCAUAUUCUGAGGAUGGAACCAUCAAAUCGGCGACUUUCCUGUUGCAUAGCUUUGGGAGCUGCCAAGUGCGCCGAUAAUGGUCGUUCGAAGUAGCGCCUAAAACUAUGCAAUGCGUUCAAGAGCUAUCAAAAUUCUCCCAUUGCACCUCAUUCCCCUAAAUAUUUCAAUUGCACUUUACUGUAUUUUAUUCACACACACACUGCAAGAAAUUCACAGUGCUUUUUACAAAUACACACACACAUAUAUGUAUAUUUUAAAAAUAAAUGUACUUUUUUG